AUGUCUGAUUUGCUCCAGCAGAUUGUUGGUGAUGAGGACGAAUACUAUGAUGACGAUGACGACGAUUAUGAUUACGAUGAAGAAUACAAUGAUGAAGAAGAAGAAGGAGGAGAAGAGGAAGAAAUAAUAGAAGAGAAUGAUGCGGAAGAAAUUAUUGAACAAACUAAAGCUAAUCUAACAUUUAAAAAUCACUCCGAACGAAAGCAAGAAUUAAAACAGAACAAACAUACAAAAUCUAAACUAGUUGCUUCCAGUAAUGAUAAUCAUCAUCACUCAGAACAAGUAUUAGAAAUUUCGGAAGAGGAAAUGGAAUACUAUAAACAAUUGAAACUCUAUGGAAUUAAUGGUCCACCAAAGAAGGAAGAUGGUGAAUUGAAUGAGGAAAUUAAUUUCAAAUUGGAUGUUUUACAAUCCUCUAAAAUGUUUUUCGAAAGUGUACAGCCGACAUUGGUUACUAUUUAUUCUGGAUCUAAAUUAUAUGAUGAUCAGUACAGACACCUUCGUCAAAAUUCAUAUAGAUUAAUUAGAGAGAAGGGUUAUCAAACAGAUCAAGAAAUGAUGGCAGCAGAGUUGACUCAUCCAAGAUUAUUAGUGGAUAUUAUGCCUCUUUCAAAAUCUAUUGACUAUGUGCAACAGAUUAUGAACAGAACUGAACAUUUGAGCUGUUUAUCAUCCGAUAUGAAAUAUUUAUAUAUUUAUGGAGGAAAGUAUAGAAAUUCACUUCGAGAUGAUUUUAUUCAAUACGAGAUACUAACAGGUAAAAUGAAUAUUUACAAUAAUUUGAGUUUAGCAUCCCAUAUUGAUAAUUAUCAGGGAACUUGUAUUGUAAUACCUCCAUUAUUUGGUGGGGGAAUGUUUGAGCAUGAUGGUAAAGUCUAUAUUAUUGGAAAGGGAGAAAAAUCUCCAAGUACUCAUAUUUACACAAUUGAAAAUCUUAGAGAACCAAUGAAGGUUAAAAACGGAAUCAGUGCAGGUUAUCCUUGGUCAUAUCAGCAUGUAAAUACUAUAUUUAAUAGUAGAACUUUUUUUACUAUCCAUCAUUCAUAUGAAUCAAAUGUUUUGGAAGUUUUCUUAUUUGGAGGAAAAUGUGCAGAAAAAGCUAUGGAUGAGAUGAUUAAUAUUCACAUUCCAAUACAAAAUUCAUAUGUACAACCUAUUACCUAUACUGUAUUGACAAAACCUAAAGUUGGAGAGUGGCCAUCAGCAAGAUAUGGCCACUCUUCUUGUAACAUAGCAAAUCUUAUAUUUAUUUAUGGUGGUAUAAAUACCAAGAAUCAAUUAUUGAAUGAUCUAUACAUGUUCGAUACAACCACUCAAGUUUGGACUGAAGUCAGUGUCGAAUCAAUGCUUCCACCACCUCUCUUUAAGCACCAAUCAUUCUCAAUUAAUAACCAAUCUUUUUAUAUAUUUGGUGGUCAAACUCAACACGACGCUUCCAACUCACUAUUUAGAUUUGAUAUAACAGACAAGAAGUGGUACUUGAUCGAGGUUAUUUCAGAUGAAAGAAAUGCAAAAUUGUCAGGUCAUCAAUGCUUGGCAACCAGUAACAAGUUAUUCAUUAUUGGUGGAGUUUCUGAUCAGGAAAAUACCAAAUCAAUGAGAAAUUUCAGUGUUCUCUUGAAUGUGAGUGAUCCAGGAAAACCUAUCCCAAUCUGUAAUUAUUUAUCUACCAAGAGAAGAGAAGGAUAUUUGUGUGACAUUAUUUUUAGAGUUAAGGAUAUGGGAACCGAUACUACAAGUCACAUUUUGGCACAUCGGUGCAUUCUAAAAGCAAGAUGUUCCUACCUAACUGAAAAAUUUUCAAACUGUGUAGAAACUAUGAAUACUCAUAAUUUUGAAGGAACAUUUCUAGAUGAGGAAAUUGGAGUGGUGGAUAUAUCUGAAUGUCAAACACACAUUUUUGAAAAAUAUUUGGAAUUCUUGUAUAGUGGAUCUCUUUAUUUGGAGAAUUUAGAGGUGGUUAGUCAAUUUUUGGAAUUUGUAAAGAAUAUUUCUACAGAAAGACACUACCCUUCCCUUCAAAAGAUUUGUACAUUGGAUAGUAGAAAGGAUUUGAGUUUGACCAAACAAAUUUUGGCCGAUAUGCACAAGGAUUUUGCCACUCUGAUUGACGACAAUACCUAUAGCGAUGUAGUGGUAGUUUUGGAUCAGGAAAAUAUGUUUGAAAAGGAUUCUGUUCCUAUGGAAGAUGGGGAAUUCAACGAAGAGCUUCUUUCUCCUCUCACUUCAGCCACUAUUUCUUCUUCUGGAAUUUCUGUACAUAGGCUCAUCAUGUCCAGAUCACCAUUCUUCUCUAGAAUGUUUGUAACAUCUGGCAUGAUGGAAACCAAAGAGAAAGUUGUACACUUGUCAGACUAUUCCAAAGAAGUAAUGAUUGAUCUCUUAAAGUAUUUAUACACAGAUAUUAUUCAACUCUCUCCAAGCAAUUGUUUGGGUGUGCUAGUAUAUUCCCUCAUGUUUGACUUGACAGAUUUGGCAAGUUGUUGCAGAAGAAUGGUAAUUUCACUACUGGACAACAGCACUGUGUGGGUGGUUCAUGAAAUUGCCAUUCUCUACAAUGAAAAAUCCUUAGAGAGCGAAUGUGAGCACUUUAUUGCUAACAACUUUGUGACUCUGAAUUCGAGUUCUGCAUUUUUAGACCUGCCAGAUAUGACUAGAAUUAGAAUUAAACAACUCUACGAAAGAAAGUAUCAUAAGAAUAAGACUAAAUGA